AUGAUUACCCAUUGGACGCUGAUAGUGUUGGUGGCGGUGGCCAUUUCGGGCCCGCACAGUGCAUUGGCCCGGCCGGCGGAACCGGAAGCACCGGCCGAAAUCUACAACGAGCUGGCGGAGGAGUACCAGCGGCUCCACAACCAGGAGAUCCGCUUCCUGCAGUAUCUGUCCGUGCAGGCCGAACGGCAACAGCGCGAGGAAGCGUACCUGCAGGCGCAACGUGAACAGCAACAGCUCGCCCUGGACGCACGCAACUCGCUGCUGGACGAUACAGGAUCGCUGCUGGACGAAUUACCGCAGGAGUUUGGCCGAUCCGACGACGGUACCGGUGCGGGACGCAAUCUGAACGGUUACGGACAUGAGGUUUCCGCCCAAACCGAACCCGUGCAAAAGGAAGUACCGCACCAGAAGAGCAAAAAUGAUAAGAAAAAUAAUCACUAUAUGUCCUUGUGCCAUUUUAAGCUUUGCAACAUGGGACGUAAACGCAACCAACGAUUUCCUCAAUUCUGGAACUAA